AUGGACGGCGCCGGCGAGGUGAGGGUGACCAGCACCAAGAAGUGGAACGUCGUCUACCCUGGGUACAUCAACUCCAGGAAGACGGUCGUGGAGGGCCGAUGUGUCGCCGCCGGCAAGGCCUGCCCCGACCCCACCUGCGCCGAGAUCGCCGACUGUUGCUCCCACCUCAAGAUCCCUUGCAGAAUCGAGUCGGACCAGGCGUACCCGAGGGAUUUCUUGCAGCUGGGAAGGGUGAGAGUGCAGCUCAAGGGGGAUGAGGGCUCCCCUGUCAACCCAGAGAUCACAAGAAAGAAGCAGCUGAUGCUCCAGGUUGCAGAGUUGGUUCCUAAGCACCUUGGGAGGACUAGGAAGCAGGAACCUUCUACCAGUUCUUCAUCUACAGCCCCAUUCAAGCCGUCAAAGGGAAGGAAGAAAAAGUAA